GCAAACAGCGAACGAAAAAAAUCCCGUCCGCCGUAGCCGUGCCGACGCGACGCGAGGGGAUGAGAUAAAUCGCGCGACGGCUGCCCGCCCACGAGCUCGCUAGCUUGCUCGCCCGCCCGCUCGCCAUGCCGCCGCCCUCCCUCCUCUCUCUCCUCCCCGCCGCGUCCAUCUCCCCGCAAAGCCGCCGAGCCAAGCACCACAAGGCCCCCACCGCGAGCCAGCUCCUCUGCCUCCGAAGAGCAGUAGCCCACUCGCCGCUCCGCGCCUCACCGUCCUCCUCCUCUGCCGCUGCCGACGGCGGCGGCGGAGGGAGCGGGGUCGACGAGCUCCACCUCCUCGAGAAGCCGUCCCCGACCGUCGCGGAGGAUGCCGAGGCCGAGGAGGAGCCCGAGCCCGCUCCGGUGCUGUCCACGGAGGAAGCGCUCGCUCCCUUCCUCAAGUUCUUCCAGGUGAAUAGCACCGACCCCGACGAGGACACGGCCUCCUCCGCCGAGAGGCGCGUGGAGAGCGACGCGGCGUCGGCGGCGGCGGCGGCGGCGGCGAGGAGAGAUGGAGUGUCCGCCGGCGGGCGUGGGGUCAGGUACUACGACCCCAAGCCCGGAGACUUCGUCGCUGGCGUCGUGGUCCGAAGCGACGGGAGGACGCUCGACGUCGACGUCGGUGCGGGCGGACAGCCGGCGCUGAUGCUGCCCAAGGAGGCGGUGCCGGUGUCCGGGGAGGAGUUCAGGUACCUCGCGUGCGACGUCGCUUCGGGGCGUGCGGGGGAGUUCGCCGCGGAAGGUCGGGUGGGCGUCAUGGUCCGGCAGGUCGGCGGCGGCGAGGGGGAUGGGGAGCCGACGGGUGGGAGGAACGGGAAGGAGAAAGGGGCGCCGGUGGUGGGCGUCGGCACGAUCGUGUUCGCUGAGGUGCUUGGUCGAACACUUGGCGGGCGGCCGUUGCUGUCGGCGCGCAGGCUGUUCCGGCGCGUCGCGUGGCACAGAGUCAGGCAGAUAAAACAGCUAAAUGUACCCAUCAAGGUUAAAAUUUUCGAGUGGAAUGCUGGUGGCUUGCUCUCUAGAAUUGAGGGGCUCCGGGCAUUCCUCCCUAAGCCUGAGAUGAUGACUAGACCAAGAAAUUUCAUAGAUCUGAAGAAUAAAGUUGGUCAAGAAAUGCAUGUCUGCAUUACAAGGAUUGAUGAAGGGACCAAUGAAUUGAUAAUUAGUGAAAAAGAAGCAUGGGCGGUGACGUACCUUAGAGAAGGGACUCUCUUGCAAGGGACAGUCCGCAAGUUAUUUCCAUAUGGUGCACAAAUUAGGAUUGGCGAGACUAACAGAGGUGGUUUGCUGCACAUCUCGAAGAUAACACAUGGUCAGCUGAGAUCCGUUGGCGAUGUGCUAAAAGUGGGCGAGAGUGUGAAAGCUCUAGUCAUUAAAUCGACAGCUCCAGACAGAAUUGCUCUCAGUAUUAAGGACCUUGAGAGCGAACCCGGGUUGUUUAUCACUAACAAGGAGAGGGUGUUUUCCGAGGCAGAAGAGAUGGCGCAAAGAUACCGCGAGCACAUUGCAGAGACACCUCGAUCGGAUGAACCAGACUCAUGCAAUGGUGUUGUUCCCUUUGAUGACGAAGCCCAGUCCUAUGCUAACUGGAAAUGGUUAAAAUUUAGCAAGUCUGCCGAAUUACAAAACCGCAAGUCUAUUGAUGUAUCUUGAUUAUCGUACAUGAAGUCUGUAGAAAUUUUAGCCAAUUCAAUAUUUAUUUCAUGCUUA